CCACAGCCAAUAAGCAGCUUCAGAAGAUCAAGUAUCACUAUAACACAAGGACUUAUCCGUUGAGGGGAGUUUGCGGAGCCCUCAUAGCCCAUCUCUGCAUCAUCCGAGAGUCGCUAUCAGUUCCUUCAACUCUUCUGAGGUGCAAGUCCACUGUCACCAUGUCUGACACUGAGGAAGUUGAUCAGAUUGAGGAAGAUGAGGAAGCCGAAGAAGAGGUAGUGGAAGUAGAAGUAGCCCCAGAGGUGGUAGAGGAGGAGGAGGAAGUGGUAGAGGAAGAGGCAGAACCCGAGCCAGAGGAGGAGGUGCAUGAGGAAGAGGCCUAUGAGGAAGAAGUGGAAGAGGGAGAACAAGAUGAGGAGAAGCCCAAGUUCAAAGUCCCUAAGAUCCCUGAUGGUGAAAAGGUGGACUUUGAUGAUCUCCAGAAGAAACGUCAGAACAAAGAUCUGAUUGAGCUGCAAGGUCUGAUUGAUGUCCACUUUGAGAACCGCAAAAAGGAGGAGGAGGAGCUUAUCGCUCUGAAGGAAAGAAUUGAAAAACGCCGAUCAGAGAGAGCAGAAAUACAGAGGGUUCGGGCCGAGAAGGACAAGGAGCGUCAGGCCAGGCGUGAGGAGGAGAGGAUGAGGAAGGAGGAGGCGGAUCAGAAGAGGAAGGCGGAAGACGACGCCAAGAAGAAGUCAGCUCUGACAAACAUGGGUUCCAGCUACACAAGUUCCUUGCAGAAGGCUGAUGGCAAGAGAGGUAAGAAGCAAACGGAGAGGGAGAAGAAGAAGAAGAUCCUGGCUGAAAGACGCAAGCCACUCAACAUCGACCAUCUGAACGAGGACAAGCUGAAAGACAAAGCCAGGGAACUCUGGGAAUGGAUGCACCAACUGGAGUCUGAGAAGUAUGAACACAUGGAGAAACUGAAGAGGCAGAAGUAUGAGGUUAUCUCUCUCAGAAACCGUAUUGAUGAGCUGCAGAAACACAGCAAGAAGGGAGCUGCGGCCCGUCGCAGGAAGUAAACGGCCCGCCAGAGAGGCCUCACCACCGGAGUGUGACUGUCGUUCUGCCCGCUCUGGUAUCGGCAGGCGGCACAUGCCUUUGGUUCUGUCCUCCAUAACCACGCAGACCCCAACUAGACAAUCUGCACUGGACAUCCGACUUUCUUCUUUUUGUAAUGUGACAACUGUUGUCAAAAAUGUAGUCGCUUCCUUCUUCUCGAGUCAUGUCCUCGCACAGCAGACUGUUUAGGUUCUCAAUCUUUUUUUUUUUUCAAUAAAACGAUGUUCGAUUA